GACGCAGAAGGCGUGGAUCCCCUAACGGGUCAGAGAGAACGUCGGAGAAGGAUUGCGACCGCUCAGUACGAGGAGUGGCGAUGGGCGAAUUUGAAGACAGUUCUCCACGGGGAAGAAUCUACCCUAACGUACCGUGCAGCGAGAGACGCGUGGAAAAUGUCCGACCACUUCGUUCUAUGCGAGGGCAACGUGCUCUACAAUGUAGGAACGAGGCCUCUGAGAAGUGACCAACAGCAAGAAGAUGCGAUGCUGCGUCAAGUAGUGCCCUCAACGAUGAUUCCGGAGGUACUACAGAACUGUCACGACUCGUUGGAAAGAGGCCACCAAGGUGUCGCCCGAACUUUCUACAGAGUGAAGUUGGACUAUUACUGGAUCGGUCUAUACGCAGACGUGGCGAGGCACGUACGGUCCUGUCCCGACUGUAGCUCACGCUAA